UUCGAUGAUGAGCCUCACCCUGUCACCACAGCAGCUCAUGGAAAUGCAAAGAAGAGUAACAGUUCGUACUAUCGGAGUCGUCCAAGUACAUUGCAGAGCAUCAAAGAAAAAGCAAAAGAACAAAAGGGGCCUUCUCAAGUAUACGACAAAGUUUUUGAGGACGCUGGAGGUUUGCUUGGAUUCCAAUCACACGGGAUUUUGCCAAGGAACAGACAACAGGUCAGUGAUGUUAAACGAAACGCGAAGCCGAAAAAAGACAAAGAUGAAAUGUGCGAGUUAAUCAAGAUGUCCAGGCUGGAAGCAAGCCAAUUG